AGACGACGCACCACCGCACAGCAUGCCCGCCCCCGCCGCAAGCAAGCGCGUCAAGAACAAGCGCGUCAGCCGCAACAUCAUCAUCGGCUCCGAGGCCUGGCAGCUGCCCCCCGUCGGCCACCCCGACCGCCCCAAAGGCGUGCCCGACGACCACACCAAGCGCUGGACCGUCUACGUGCGCCAGCCCGACGGCGACCCCGCCAUCACCGCCUGGCUCAACAAGGUCCAGUUCAAGAUCUUCAACACGUACGAGAACCCGCUGCGCACCUGCGAGAGCCCGCCCUUCGACGUGACCGAGACGGGCUGGGGCGGCUUCAACAUCGACAUCCGCCUGCACUUUCAGCCUGCCUCGGGCGAGAAGGCCCAGUACCGCCAGCACUUCCUGCAGCUCGAAAAAUACGGCGACGAUGCCAUGCAGGCCGAGCAGGAGCGCACCGGCUGCGUGCGCUCGGAGUUCCUCGAGGUCGUCCAGUUCAACGAGCCCACCGAGGCCCUGUACGACGCCCUGACCGCAGAGGACCAGUGGAACUACCUGACCCCCGCAAAGGGCGGCAGCAAGAAGGCCUCGCUGGGUCCCAACGGCAGGCUGAAGCGCGGCCUGCCCAACGGCGAACGCAGCGCCCAGCUGCCCGAAAAGGGCGCCGACGACAUCCCCUUCAGCCAGGAGCAGGAGCAGGCCUUGAUUGACUUUCUCAAGGCCAAGAUGGACGACGUCGAUGCCGCCUACAAAAAGGAGCUCAAGGCGAGGGAGGACCAGGAGAAGAACCUGCACGCCCUAAGGCAGGAGCUCGGACACGAAGCCGCACAGCUGGCUGCCCAGCAGGCCAGCGGCGAUCGCAGUCGCCGGAGGUGAGGGAACAGCCUUCUUGGGCCUCAGUGCCUGAUUGACUCGACGCUCAUGGCCCUGCAACUCACACCAACACGCGCCCAUUGUGGCAUAACGAGAGUCCGCCAGCAACAUGCCCGUGCUCUUGUUCGUUCUGCUUGCCAUGCUGACAUUGCCGAGUAACAACAGACGCCUCGACCUUGCGCGUGAGCUCAAGUAGUUUGACAAUGAUACGCAAGACUUUCUGGACGGUCCCCACAGGCGCCAUCCUUGAUAUUGCAACCGAGUGCGUGGCGUGGCCGGCGUUGGGGACUAGGUUGUAGUGAAUUGUUGAUACACAUUGGCCUGUUUUGACCAUGUCUUUCUUCAAGGCUGUGUGGCAAUGUACCUCCAUGAGU